UACCACCUCACCCGGGCAUAUAUAUUGCAAAUAGGAAGUAUAAGAGGCGCAAAAAGCCAAUAAAGUAGCGGAAUUAUUCAUUUAAGAGCCAAUUUGCACAAAAAUAUAUACCGCAUACUUUUGCAAUAACUCAACGCACAACUCAGCGCCAGGGCAAUGGACGCCAAUUCACGUUUCCCAGCGCGAUUGCCAGGGCCCGCCGUCAAUCCAAUUGUUGAAAAUUCAGACGAGCCGCAACCCAGUCUAUCGGAUCUUCAUGAUUUUGAGCCCAAGCUGGAGUUUGAUGAUACCGAGUUACAGACAACAGUAAAUCAGGAAGAUGUUAUGCUCGACGGUUUCGUUUUAACCGAUGAUCCCGAAUUAGAGACAGAAGAAGUUGUAAAUCCCCUAGAGGACGAUUUUGAGGAUCAGCUGAGAGAACAAUCGGAAAUAUUUCAAGCGCCUCGAAACAAAUGUGAUUUCCUUGGCACUGAUAAGCAGGGUCGUCACAUUUUCGGUAUAUACGCCUCACGCUUCCCCGAAAGGUCUCAGCUGGAGGGGUUUGUGCGCGACAUCAUCAAAGAGAUUGAACCCUUCGUGGAGAACGACUAUAUCCUCGUCUAUUUCCAUCAGGGUCUUAAGGAGGACAACAAGCCAUCGGCCCAAUUUCUUUGGAACUCAUACAAGGAGCUUGAUCGCAAUUUUCGCAAGAAUUUAAAAACACUGUAUGUGGUGCAUCCGACGUGGUUUAUACGUGUCAUCUGGAACUUCUUCAGCCCCUUCAUCAGCGACAAGUUUCGCAAAAAGCUAGUCUAUAUCUCGUGUCUUGAUGAGCUGCGUCAGGCACUGGGCCUGAGUAAAUUGAAACUGCCCGACAACAUUUGCGACUUCGACAACAAGCUGAGCUCCAGUCGCAAACAUUCCACAUCAUCACCAAAUGCGGCAUAUUCCACAUCGACCAGCACUAGUGGCGCACAAAGACAGCAGCAGAGGAUGUCGCCUACGACACAAUUUGGCGUGACGUUAAAGUUCAUUGUGAUGAACAGUCCUUGCCUUAAUUCGAUUCCGCCGAUCGUGCGCAAGUGCGUCGACUCGCUCUCAAUCACAGGCAUGAUCGAUACUGAGGGCAUAUUCCGGCGAUCCGGCAAUCAUGCAGAGAUUAUGGCGCUAAAGGAGCGCGUCAAUCGUGGCGAGGAUGUGGACCUUAAGAAUGUGAAUGUGCAUGUCAUUGCCGGUCUGCUGAAGAGUUUCCUGCGCGAUCUCUCUGAACCGUUGCUGACAUUCGAACUUUACGAUGAGGUUACCAAGUUCCUCGAGUGGCGCACCGAGGAGGAACGCUCCCGGAACGUCACCCAAUUGAUACGCGAAAAACUGCCCGAAGAGAAUUACGAGCUUUUCAAGUACAUUGUCGAGUUUCUGGUGCGUGUGAUGGAGUGCGAGGAUCUAAACAAAAUGACCUCUUCGAAUCUGGCGAUUGUCUUCGGGCCGAACUUCUUGUGGUCUGGCCGUAACAACACAUCGCUGGAGGAGAUCGGACCCAUCAACGCCUUUGUUGACUUUGUGCUACAGCAUCACCGAGAGAUCUACCUGAUCGAUAUCAACCAACGCACAGUGAACGUCGAUUAGCGAUUAGCGUAGCAAUCGUUGCGAUGACCACACCACUAAGUCCGUAUUUUGUAAAUUGUUUCAUCUUACAAUUAAUGUUAGUUCUACAAAUGUAGGUAUUUAAUGCGCGAUUGCGAUCGCGUUAUAGUAGAGAAUGCGCCUGCGUUGUUACGUGUAUAAAGUGUUUUUAAUCCUAAGUUGCAUUUUUAAAUUGUCUGUCUAAGUGUAAGCUGCUUGUACUAAGUUUUCUUUGCCUGUUCUGCUUUCCUUUUAUAUAAUUGAUAGCUAACUCAAUUUCUAAGUCCCUUGCUCCCUCUUAACUUCUAACUAAUUUAAUUGAUUAAAAGAAAAGUAUGUUAAUUUACCAAAGA